AUGAUGUUCAAAUCUACAGCUAUCUUCUUGACCCUUACUGCCGCAUUAGAAUUAGUCUUGGCUAGUUCAGUUUCUAUUACUUCCCCCGAGGCCAAAGCCAUUUGGGAAGCUGGAUCAACUGUAGAAAUCAAGUGGGAUGUCAAUGAAGCUGCUAGUGGCCCUAUUCGUAUUCAAUACGCUUCAGGUCCUUCUCAGGAAUUAACCGUGAAUGGUUUGAUUGCCGAUAACGUCGUUGCUUCUCGUGGAAAGUAUUUAUGGAAGAUUCCUACCGAUAUUAAGCCCAAGAAAUAG